GAGAGAGAGAGAGGAGGGAGCAAGAUGGCGGCUGUCGCAGCAGCAGCGGGAGCGGGAGGGCCCGCCGUGGCCGCUUCUUCAUCAGCAUCGUCGUCGUCGACCACUACCUCCACCAUCAUCCCCAGCGGCUCGUCUUCCUCCCUGGCCGCUCUGGAGGCUGCGCUGGAGAAGAAGCUGCUGACGGUCACCAACACGAUGGACGGCAUCCAGGGCCUGUCGUCCUGGAUCCUGGACAACAAGAAACACUACAGCUCCAUCGUCAAGCACUGGAUGAAGUGCAUGAGGAAAUCCUCAAUUCCUCAUCGACUGAACCUUUUCUAUGUUGCCAAUGACGUUAUUCAAAACUGCAAAAGAAAGAACGCGAUUAUUUUUCGAGAUGCGUUUUCAGAGGUUCUGAUUGAAGCCGGCACUUUGGUGAGGGAUCCUUCCAUUCGGAAAUCUGUGGAGCGAAUAUUCACAAUAUGGGAGCAGAGGAGUGUCUACCCGGAGGAGUUGAUUGUGGACCUGCGAGCUGCUCUUGUGGGACGAAAGCCAGCUGAAUUUGCAAAAGUGAAAACAGUGAGCGAUAAGACACGUGUUGUGGUGAAAUCCAAGAUACUUGCUGAAUUUAGGCCGCAGGCACUCAUUGACCAGCUGGGGUCCUACAAGCAGGCGGAGGAUGAGAGAGAGUUCAAGGAGAAGCAGCUUGGGACCCUCCGCGUUGACGUCUGCAGCACAGAGACAUUGAAGCGGUUGAAAGAUCGUGCCGGAGGCAAACGCUUUUCCAAAGACUUUGAAGAAUCCAGCUCCAAGUUGGAAGACUUCUGCGCCGAGCUCGAGAGGGAGGUGAAGAAGACCCCACCGCUAAUCGAAGCACUCGAAAAUGCAGAGAUCUUUUAUGAAGCUCAGUACAAGGAGGUGAAGAUUGUAGCAAAUGCAUACAAGACGUUUGCAAACAGAGUUAACAACCUGAAGAAGAAGCUGGACCAGCUGAAGACCACGCUGCCAGAUCCAGAUGAGUCUCCCAUUCCGUCUCCCAGCAUGGACGCUCCGUCGCCGACCGGCUCGGAGUCUCCCGUGCGGCCGGUUGAGGAGCCUGUGGCGGAGCCGAAGAAGCUGGAGGAGAGCCCGGGGCCGCUGACUCCAGACGCCUCGGGCGAUAACUGUGACGUGGAGGACAUGGAGCUCUCGGAUGACGAAGCUGUGGGAGCAGCGAACAUCAUAGCAGUAGAGAGUGAGGAGAGAAAGGAGGAAUCCAGUCCAGGCACGGCAGUGGCAGUGAGCGCGAGCCCCCAACCAGAAAAGGCGUCGACCCCGGUGGAGACCCCGCAGGCAAAGAGCAACACUGUAACACCACCGCUGGCCCUGCCAAAUCUGGCAAAUAUAGACUUGGGCAAAAUCAGCUCCAUCCUUAGUAGCCUGACCACCGUCAUGAAGAACACAGUCAGCCCAGCAGUUGGUCAAGCGCCUGUGCUUGCGGUAACGUCAGCGGCUCCUGCUGGGGCGCAACUGAAUAGUGGCCUCAAGGCCCCCACUCAGAAGCCUUCUCAAGUCACUCCCAAUCCUCUGGCGAGCAUCCUGUCAAAAGUUGAAUUAACUCCAGAGAGCAUCCUGUCAGCACUCAGCAAGACACAGGGGCCCUCUGCUCCAGCUCUGCAAGGUCUCUCGUCAUUGCUUCAGAGUGUGACAGGAAGCACUUCUGUCCCAUCCAGUAGUGCAAGUUCAAACAUUUCUACUCCGGCAGUGACCAAUGUCACCAGUCCAAUAGACAAAGGUGUUCCCAUUAUUAAUGCCGGUGCUCAGCCUUUGAUUCAAGGGCUUAUUGGCUGCUCUCCAAAUUCGCCUGCAUCUGAAGUUUCCUCUGGCUCUUCGGUGAACUCAGCCCCAGUAAACCACAGCCCUGCUCUGUCCAGUGCCAGUCUGAAGGCCCCUGCCAACACUACAGUGCUCGAGAGCUCCCUGCGUGGCACCACCUCCGGAUCAAGGGGAGGCUUGAGCAGCCAGAAGUCAUCAGCGGAGGUGGUGGCAGCUGAAACCGAGGCAGAGCCGUCCUCGCCGUCGAGUCUGGAGAUGAAAAUUCACAAUUUCUUGAAGGUCAACCCGGGCUUUAAGGCUUUGGACCUUAAUAUCCCUCUGCUGAGCAACCUGGGUUCUGGUGAUUCGAAGAGCCUGCUGCCGCCUUCAGACGCUAGUCGUAACCCUGGUGGCGCCAUGCUGGAUAACCAGGACGGUACACCCGUUCGAGACGAGCGAGGCGGGACUCCGACCCAAGAUGAAAUAAUGGACAAGCCAACAACCCCAGGCACGAUUGAUCCAAUGUCCUUGCUGUCUAAGUUAAUCAGCCCGCCCUCCUCUUCAACCAGCAGCACAAUCUCCCCCCCGCUUUCCCUCCCACAAAACAGAGAUUCUGGUUACUCGGAGAUUUCCAACACAGUGCCUUCUUACCAAAGCAGUUCUUCGUACAGCCGUGGAAGGAGUCCAUUCCCUUCCUCUUUCAAACCCUCUGAAAUGUGGGAGCAGUCUUCUCCCCACAGGGAUUCCCCUCCUGAACAGUUUUACUCGGGUGAAUCCUGCACUGAUUUUGACUAUGCCGGGCCACCACCUUCAGUUUCCAGCUUGGUGAAUCAGCCCCCAAAAUCCAUUCUCAAGUCAAAUAAACCAGCAGAUCAGAGUCCCAAUGAAUACCAGUCCGUUUCCACCAGUUACAGUCGUUUGAAGUCUGUGCUCUCCAAGCCUAUGAAAUCCAUUCUUAAGAAGCAGGAAGCUUAUGGCAGCAGGUCAAAUAGCAGGGGUGGGUAUGGGGAUGACGAUCAGGGGGUUGAGAAUGAGAACCUGUCUUCACCUGGUCAAAACAAUCCAUUCUUCCUCUCUGAGUCUAACAACAUUAUAUUGCAGCCCUCCUUCUCAGAUAUGUCUCGCACAGGAUCACUUCCAAAAGCGUUCUCCGACUCGCUCUGUUCUGCCCCAUCCCGCCAGUCGUCUUCCACGCAAAGUACCGGUCCUUAUAGCCGCACGCCAGUCACCAACAUUGAGAAAGCUGUGUCACUAGGCUCCCCGGUCUCUGCCACUUCCACCAUAGAGUUUAAAAACAUGCUCAAAAAUGCCUCCCGCAGGCCUACUGAUGAGAAGCCUUUAGAGAGCCCCAUUAGUCCAGCUCCGCCAGGAGGCGUGAACGAGAAAGGGAGCCUGUCAGUCUUUGGACAGUCUGGGAUUGCGGAGACUGGGGACGAAGAGCAGCAUUGUAUAGAGACUCACAUAUCCACAUCUGAAUUAUCCAAAAGCAUAGAGGAGAGAGGAGCCCCCAUUGAAACACUAGGUUCCAGUACCCCAUCAGCAGGGAGGCUGAUGUUUGGAGAGCCUAUUCAGACUCUGGACUCUAGCCGAGGGUCAGGCAGAGGCAAUAUGAGUCAUGGGAGAGGGGGCACCAGGAGCAGUUGGUUUGAGCAGAGUGAAAACAUUUCAGACUUUGAAGACGAAUCGUCCUCUCUUGACGUCUCUGAGAUGACUCAAGGUAUUCCUCCCAGUUUUAGAAGUCAGUUCGAAGAGCACAGACUCCAGUUCCCUGACACUUCAAACAGCUUUAGGUCCAGCAGCUUUAGUGGCCCCUUUGAGAGGCAAACCCAGCAAAUCGGACUCACGCCCGGGUCACUGCAUGAUCGUAUUGGACCGCCCCCUGUUCCGAGCCGUGACCACGUUGGGCACCCCCCUGGUCCGCCGCCAGAUCAUAUACUGGCCCCGUGCCCCCCACAAGAUCACAUUGGCCCUCCCCCUCCUCCCGGGCCCUUGCGAGAUAUUGGACUGCCUCCUGUGCCCCCGCGAGAUCACCUGAGUCUACCCCCAGGUCCGCCUCCUGUCUCCCAUGACCAUCUCGGGCCUCCUGGCCCCCCACAGGAGCAUGGCACUGUAUCAUCAGGUUCCCUCCGAGAGCAUGCUUCGUUCUCCGGUACCCCUCAGGAUCACAGUGGUCCACCACCUGGUUCUACCCAUGAGAAAAUCGGACCACCGCGGGAUCAUGCUGGGCAGGCCCCUGGGACUUCUGUUGACCACAUUGGGCCCCCCACUGGCCCUCCCCCUGACCACUUGGGUCCCGGUUGGCCGCCCGGCCCCCCUCCACGUGAUCAUCUUGGCCCGCCACCCCUGGACCACCUCGGACCCCCACCUGGUCCCCCCGUGCCACCGCCUGGACCCCCUCCGCGGGAUCACCUGGUCCCACCUCCUGGACCCCCUCCAAUUCCCCCUCCAGGUCCUCCACCUGGCCCCCCUCCACGGGACGUUCUGGGACCACCCCCAGGCACACUUCCACAAGAUCACUUGGUCCCACCUCCUGGCCCCCCUCCAAGGGAUCCGCUCGUGCCACCUCCAGUUCCCCCCCCUCAGGAUGUCCUUGGUCCAUUACCUGGAUCUCCUAGAGACCUCCUUGGCCCAUUAGCUGGGCCCCCAAGAGAGCUCCUAGGCCUACUCCCGUGCCCUCCAAGUGACUUCCUUGGCUUAACUAAUAGGCCUCCAGUGCAGAGGUCUCCGAGGGAUUACUAUAGUCAACCCUUCACACCCCAACGAGACUACAGUAAUCCUGGUAGAUUCUUCCAGAGAGACUUCAGAGGGUCCUUCAGGCCUCGAGAAUCUUUUCAAAGCGGAAAGCGACCCAGCCUGCCGUUCGGAAGCCCCCCUUUUUCGACGGCUCCAAAGCGACCCUACAUGCCUCCUCGGUACUGAGACAGACAGGAAUGUUUCUGUGUUGGAGACUACGUGAAAGCUCAUCUCUGACCCUUGCUUGCCGAGCAGCUCUUGUGGUUGUAGUGGCAAGGGUUUGGCGUGGCGCUUUAUCUUGGCCAUUGACUUGUCUUUUGUGUCCUUGUCUGUUUGCCCUCCUGGCUCACUUCCCGUUCUCCCACUCUGUCCCCCACCCCUCCCCACCCCCAAAGCUGACCUGCUGUGCUAGGUCAGAGGUGUAUGUAAGGUUAAAUGUUUCACUACAGCGUCAUUACAAACUACUGCACAGCAAGUUUUCGUCAGACGAGCUUGGAAACUUCCGUGAUGCAUAGAAAUCCUACUUGGAGCUAGAGACCCAUUUACUUUUACACAAAGUAAAACUUUUAUAUUGCUGCAAAGAUCGUCAUGAGUACAGUCUUAAGAUGCUGUAGCUUCUGUCCAAACCCUUUGCUAUUUUGUGUUUUUGUUUUUUUUUUUAAAAGUUACAGUUUUACUACUUGUACCAGUUGUGGAGGAAAAAAUGUGGUUAAAUGCAACGGCAGAUGUUUCUGUCGUCAUUGAAAGCGUUUGCAAGCGAUCCCCUGCCCCUGCCUCCCGUAGUCAAAUUUCAGGGCUCGACUAAUCAAAGCUGACACCUCAUUGUUUCCGAGUCAGCACGAUGAGCACCACUUUGUAGAGGGUUGUGUGUUUCCUGCAUCAGAUACCUUCAGGAGGCAAAUGUGGCUAGGCAGUGUGAGUGUUAAUUGUACAAUCUAUUUCCUGCUCAUGGGGGAGGACCCUGUGCCAAUGGCUUGGUUUUUUCCUCUCUGUAAAUGACGAGUGCGUAUCGAUUCAGCUCCUUGGCUGAAGGUUGAGAUCAGCCCAUGUGUGGAUUGUGCAGUGCUUUGAGGGAGGAUGUUUCUCCUUUUACCUCCCCCUUGUUUCGAAAGCAAUGUCGAACCUUCCCCUGUUUCUCCCACUAACCUAUCUUUUUCUCCAGAGCAGCUCCAUCAGCCACAAGGAUGGAGCGUCUUCCCCUUGGCAAUGCCAGCGCUGCUGAUAAGGUGCCAAGGAGAGGGCAGCCAAAGCUGGUGUUGGAAUGUGAAGCACACUGUCCCUGGUUGGCCAUUCCAGAUGUGAGAAUGGUGGAAGAUGCUCCAUCUAAUAACCUGGCUGAGAACUUCCUGAGACUCCAAACAAUCGGAAGUGAGAAGAUUUUAAAAAAAAAACUUAGUGGGCAGGACUGGAACCUGUGGACUGUGCAACAGGCACAGUUUAAAGCUGUUAAGAUAUGUAGUGUUUCUAAUGGCAGUGCAGUUAAAGAAACAAAUUCAUUUCUUUAUCUACAAAACAAAAUGGUGAAUCUUUGGAAUAAACCUUCCUCUGUCAUUUUACAAGCUGUUUAUAACAGGCCGAUCAGCCGGCGAUGUGGUAGGAGGCUGUGUAAAACCUAAUCGUCCACAGCUUGUUCAAAAGUAUUUUGAAUAUUCCUAUCCCACUGAUCAGCUGCUAAAUUUGCCUAGUGUGCUAAUUGCCUUUUUCUAUGACUUGUUCUGUACCAGUCACUGUUUUGUCGAACUUAACAAGCUUGGUCUGGUGAAGCACCUGGCUGAAUAACACUUGUUCCUCUUUAUAUGAUUUAUAAAGACACAUGGGGGAAGUGGGGGUCUAGAGGGUGGGUGGGGAGGUGGGGGAAUGGUGUAGAGAACCAACAUCAAGCAGUGACUGGAACAGCUUUGUAAAACACUUUUAUGUCCAGUCUGUUUCAGAACAUGUCUUUGUUUUGUUGAAGGUGAUGUUUGAAGAAUUAAAAUGAAUCGAGCUGGAUUCAGUGUAACUGGACUUAGUUCCAUACAGUCUAGUUCAUGCUGAUAAUGAACACUCGAAUGACUGUGUUAGUAACUGAGUUUUUUGGGGAAAAAAAAGUCAAUACCCAAUACACACACAUACACACUCUCUUUACUCUCAGAUGAAAUGUACAAUGUUGUAUGUAGCAAGAACGAAGAAAAAAAAAACUUUUUUUUGUUUCCUGAAUUAAAAAGUGAAGAUCAAGUUCUCCAUUUAUUUUUCUGAAGAGUUUGUAAGCAUUUAGCAAUUUUUAUUAAUUCUACAUGAUAGACAUAAAAUUUGGAUGCAGUGUCAAGUUUAAGCUGUGAAGAUUCCUUUAAAGUUAAGCUACUGGAAUUAAGUUGUACAUCUGUACUGAUCUGUCACACCUCUCCUCAAUAAUGCUGUUUUUACAUGUGAAUGUAAUUUCGCUGCAGGGGAAGGGUAUAACUUUAUAGAUCCAGUAGUUUUCAGAUGGAACCAUACUUCUGUAAAUAUGUCGUCUAGUUAAUGCAUUUAGAUUAAGAUGUCUUCACUAUCUGUGUUAGAAACAGUCAAACUGAGUGAAAGUUUUGCCUGCUUUUAGAGAGACAACUGAAAUGCUUUUGGAAAUGACCUGUAAUUACUUUAAUAAAAAAAAGUCUAAUUUUUUUUUUGGAGAUGAAUAAGGAUUCAGCAUUUUGCCACAAACCGUGAACCUUGAACAUUACUCAAUUGGGAAGGGGCUGGCGAAAUCUGUUUUCUGAAGAUCUGUAUAAAUUUGCUGUUGUGUGCAUUUGGCUCAAUGUUGUAGAUUUUUUUUCUUCCCUACCUAAUGUACAGAUACAUUAUUAAAACUGACAUGUAAGGCAACCUGGCACAUCUUAAAAUGGCAUACUAUGUUCCCAGUCCAAGUGUUGUGACACUGACUUGCAGCCUUGUCUUGAAUUCGGACACAUCAGCCCUCACUGUGCAAGUUGGUGAUUUAUUGACUAGAAUCUCUGCAGCUGCCCCUCCAAGUGACUGUACAGCGUACUGCCUGUGUUGAGGAGGGUAAAGCAUAAUGUUUUAAUGCCCCCAGUUGUGCAUAUGCUGUCAAACAACGUGCAGUACUGGUCACCCACGAUUAAGCUAUGCAAACUGUGUUUAACCGACAUUGUCAAGCUUCUUCCAUCUGGCAGUUGAAUGACAAUGUGCUAUAGCUGAAAGAAAACUUCAGUUUCAAAAAAAAAUAGGGUAUGCCAUGACUCGAGAGUCCAAGCACUCUAAGAUAGAUUUCUCGAAGCGGUUUGCUGGAGCUGUGGCCGUGGAUUUGAACCAUCACAGUCAUGUCACUGUGACAUUUCUUGUUUGUAGGAAUCACUGGCAGUCCUCGAAUGAGAACUAGCGCCCUGCCUCCGGUGGGCAAGGCCAGUGAUUAGCUGAACCUAUAUUUUAGCCUGUUCCCUGGAGAAUGCAGUAUGCUGUAAUCACUUUAUGCAGUGAGACUCCCAAGGGCUUCCUGCUUUAUAAGAGGCCUGGAGUCAUCUAUGUUAACCUACUGAAAACAGGCCUAAAUGACUGGAGUGGGUGUGGGCAUUACCAGGUUGAUAGUGUGUGUAACUAGUGCACAUCUCUAGGGGUGACAUCUCUAGGGGUGAUACCUCUUGGGUCUACAUCCAUUAAUUGUUGCCCAUGGAAGUGUUUUACUGGAAUUUCAUGCUGCUACAGAUGUUUCUCACAUUUGGGCUGCUUCAUCAACUGCUGCAUAACACAGCACUGUGAACAUUGGCUGCUGAAACAAUUGUACCAAAGAAAGCUUUACCCAAUUGCCUUCUAUGGUUGGCUUUCUUACAGAAAUAAAGAAGAAAUUUGAGAAUACUUGAAUCUGAGGAAUGUCUUUCCCAAGGAGCCAAUGCAGAACUAAAAUUGAGGAUUGUUGGCAUUGCCAUUUCCUUUCAAAGCCUUUUGGUUUAGUGUACAGAAUUUGACUGGCCAAUUUAAAAAAUGCUCAUUAUUAUUUUCUCUGAAAUGUGACGUUGUCAGUUUCUGCUGACGAAGGAAUGGGGUUCAUGUACUGGUAUUCUUGAAUAACCUAGUGCUUAGGCACACCUCUGCUUCUCCACCACCUCCUGCAAAUCCCUACAAAAGUAUUCUGAAGGUACCUGUUGCCUUGUUGAUAGAUGUUUGUGAAAGUUGCCUGCUUCUUUCACCUCCUUCUGCCCACUCUCCCGUUAUUUGGCAGCUGAAUGCAAAACUUUUAUUUUUUCCCCACACUGAAAUUUUGCUUUGCAAUUUUGGAUCAAAAUUCUCUGAUCAAUUCCUGCAAAUGUGAACAAGAAGCAGGCAGCAGCACCUGGGCUUACUGCUGGCCAUUCUUCUGUUGCAGAAAACUGUUUCAUAAAUGUUUCACGUAACUGCCUGUUUAGGCGUUCAGUUUUACCAACCUUGGCUUUAGGAUCAAUGGGAAAGCUGUGACCGUCUGGUUUGCAGUACCCUUUGGUACAAAGGUUGAAUGUGUUCUUUAGAAGUUUUUCACGUCCAUAACUUUUAUUUAUAUCCUUGGUACGGCCACUUCUCUCUCUCUGUUUCUGAGCUAGCCCCUCAUUCCGAGUGUAGUAGGAAUCCUUCAUAUCUAGGAGGCUGUCAUUUGGAACACUCUCAAAACAUCAGUACUUCCUUGGCUCAUAGGGAAGAUUUUGGGCUGUUCCAAGAAACUGAUUUGAUCCAGUUACAUUGAUCACCUGUUCGCUGUUCCUAUCAAACUUGUAAAUACAAGUCAGUGUAUAGAGGUGUAAUACCUCACACAUUGCCGGUUUCCUACCUAUAUGAUCUUAUAAAAGAUCUAUUAUCUAUAUUCUGAGAAUAUAUGUUAACAAUUCCAUCCAUAUUGGAGGAAUGCACUACUUGAGAAAGUUUGCUCACUUCACUUGGACAAUACAUCUCGGUAUUUCACCAAGGGUGCAUGUGUUGCCCAGCUUCAGAGCUAUGGUGAAGGAAGAUUGAAAAGCAUUUUGGCACUAAGCCUGAAUUGUUCAAUUCUACUGUGGUUACCUACCCCCACCUUAGAAUAUGGAAAGCUGGAGUUAUGAAUUCAAUUUUUUGUGGAGGAAGCUCUUCAGGCUAAAUUUUGAAAGGAGCCAUUGAGGUAAGUAACCUAUGGAUUGAUCAGAAGAAGCUUGGCAAUGUACUACAGCUGAAAGAAGACCUCCAAUUCAACAAAACAAAAGGGCAAGCCAUGACUUGAGACUCUAAGCACCGUGUGAUAGGUUUCCUAAAGGCGGUUAGCUGGAGUAGAUUUGAACCUUCACAGUCAUGUCACUGGUAACAUUUCUUGAGGCCUCAAGUGUUUAUUAAGGACCAUAUACAAAUAUUUUGCCACCCCUUUGAGUGGUAGAUGUAUCCUGCUUUCUUUAUGGAUAGCUUGUUCAGUGUCCAAAUUGACCAAGAAGAAGAUCCUUGAAGUAGAAUGAUUAUUCAAAAUCCAUGUAACAGCCAGGACCCGUUGGGAGAUUGGAAAUUGAGCAUGAAUUAUUCCUAAUUCAUAAAAUAUUUACCAUGUUAAACUUCCCCAGCUUGAAAUUUUGAAAAAUGGGUCCCUAUUGGUAUCUUCUCAAGGGAAGUGUUUAUCUCUACAAAAGCUGACCCAGUACCAGCUGCUAUAGAAUCUCCAUGCUGAGAAAUAAGUCCUCUUCUUUAAGCUUCACAUCUCAGAUUGAUGAGGGCUUACUCUGAAACCCUUACCCAAACCUGCCUUCAAAGCCAUGCUCGUGAAUUCAUUGAAACAACUGAGAUAGUACAAGCUUACAAAAAUAACUGCACAGUCAUACCAACAUGGCAACAUCUAUAAAGCAAAAAGUGCAGUUAUAUUAUGGUUUGAAAAACCCAGCAAAAUCCCUGCAACCUAAUGGUCAAAGGAGUUCUUUGUGUUGAUGCUCGAGACUCAAGAAUUCAAUCAAAACCUUGAAGGGUUGUUAUCCAAGAGGGGAAAAGCAAUUCUACUUACUCCCAUCUUGUGUUGAUGAAGAAUCCUGUUGAAACCUUCACCAGUUUUGCAGAUUUGUUCCUUCAGUCCCUCAAAUCCAGCAAUGUGUUUAUUUUUUGUUGUUGCUUGAGGGGAUAUACCAACAGCAGAACAUAAUCUUGUAUGUUCCACCCUGUAUGCAUCCAUUGGCACUCUGCCUUGGCUUUUAAAGAAAACCAUUGGCAAAUUGUUUCCAAACAACUUAAAAUUGAUUAAUAACUCCUACUACUAAUACUGAAGGGGCAUUCAGAUUGUACAGUGAAUGGCCCGUGAGUUAUGUUUUGGAACCUGCAACAAAAUGACAAACAGAAACUUAUGCACUGAUGUACAAAGUUGGUCUUGUACCUUAAGUCAGACAUUCCAUUCUUGACAAGGAUAAGAAAGGCCAAAACUGUUUUCAGUUUUGUUGCUAUUGUAUCAUUCUAUGGCCAUCAGUGAAACUUGCCCUUUUGAAGGUAGGUCCUCGCCCUUGAAACUGCUUUGAUUUAGCAGUGCAUUGCUACAUUGGAUCUGCCAUUGAAAAGAGUUUUUCAGCAACAUAAGAAUGGCAAACUACAAAGUUCUAAAGUUAUUCCCCACCCCGCCAGAUUUUAUAAAAUAUCUCCGAAGCACGCUUUUUUAAAAUCCAGUUUAAGUAGCCACCUGUGAUUCCAGAGUUUUAGACUUACGUUUACCCCAUCCUGACUGGAGCUAGUAUUCCAGGAAAGGUUUUUCAGAACCCAGUAAGAAUGACUUACAGAACUUCUCUAUCAAGACAGAUGUGAAAUUUGCUUUUCUCAAAGGGUCAUGAACCAGUGGAAUUCACUCCCCCAGAAUGUGGUGGAUACUGCUUCAUUGAAUACAUUUAAGGAGGGGGUAGACUUUUAAUUAGCAAUGGGGCGAAGAGUUAUGGAGCGCAGACAGGAAAAUGGACUUGAGGCUGUGAUAAGGUCAGCCACGAUCAUAUCCAAUGGUGGAGCCAGCUGGAGGAGCUGAUUUGCCUGUUCCAAUUUCUCAACAUUCUUAUGUUUGUUCUAUUCGGGCUUACAGCUACAACGUCCACUCUCAUAUUCCAUAUUUGUAACAUGGCUGUGUAGAUAAAUAGAGGUACAGUGAUCUCUUCACCUCCCUGUUUGUUUUAUGUACGUCCUUCUGUCAGACAAAUAAAUAGGAGCAGCAGGAUCUCUCAACAAUGGCUCACAAAAUUGGUUUCUUACCUUACUAAAUUUCCAGUCAAUUUUGAAUUAAGAAUUGCUUCAGAAAUACCUUGUACACUAAUGACCAUCUUACUAUUAGUGCAGAUGUAUGAGACAACAGUGCUAGUUUGCAUGUUGUCUUGGCAAAACUUCAUUUUUUAAGGUAGGGUGAGUUCAGAGCAAAGACCUUAGAACUGGUUACCGCUGGCGUGAUUUCCUUCCUAUAAUCCAUUUGUCUUUCUUUAAAUCAUUAAAACAAAAUGGGUGUUUCUUAAUUGCAUGUAGAUGUUAGUGUUGAAACUUUCGAGAACAUUACUGAAAACAUAAAAUGCUUGACCCGUUCAGUUUCUUUUAUUUUCCCAAUUCAUCCUCCAUUUCACUGAUUGAUGUGGUGGUCCAAAUUUGACGAGAAGGCAGGAUUUAUAGUGGGAAAAUGACCAUGGUACAGAUGUUUUGAAAGUCUGCAGCUUCUGGACAGUUGCUUGAGGCUCCCUUUAAGUCAGACCGAUCUGUGGGGAAUGUUGACAACUGUUACAGUUCUAACAAGUGUGUAAAACCAUGACAGUGAACCUUGAUGAGCAGUUUGCUUCUCAAUCACUUUAAAGCCUUAUAAAGUCGUGUUAUUUUGCUCUGGCUGAAAGUAACCAUUACAAUAACUCUUAAAACCAUACUGACUGCCCAACUCUUGCAGCAGUUCAUCUGAAAUUUUAAAAGGUUUUGGAGAAAAGUGAUGGCAGAGGGUUUGUAUCAGAUUUUUUUUCUUGUUCCCUGUUCAACUUGAAUAAAGAGAUUAAAGCAAACUCCUGAUAUCACUUCCAAGUGCCUGUGCUUCAAUGUGUGCAACAUUCCCUUCUGUGCAAUUAUUCUGACACCAUCUUUUUUUCAGUCUAAAGCACAGGGAAACCUGUUUGCAAACCCACCAGCCAAUAACAUUCUUGUUCAUUAAGAAAUAAAUGGAGAUUUGGGUCACGCCCUUCACACUCUUUCUUUGCCAGCUUGGAAAUUCUAAGCUUGGAUGACUGGCCUUUUUCUCUGCAUCAGUGCUAUGAUCUGCAUCUGCUUUUCAUAGUUGAUAUCAUCCCACAUUGAUUGAGGCUACCGUGAAGGAUUCUCCUUCCCAAUCUCACCUGAAGCGUGGUGACCCUUGGUAAACCAGUGCCAGCUGUCUUUCUCUAAUUGGAGAGCAGCCCUAUGGCCUGGUAAGACUAUGGGAAAUUUGUUAACUCAGCCAUCUGUAGAGUCGACAGAGGUUGAGGUUCUUCAUCUUUUGACAGUAAGAUUUACUGGUCAACGCUGUUACUCAGGCACAUUGAUCAGUCUAUACUCUUUGUUUCGUAACUGAUGAUUCUUACCUGGCGCACAGUAUUGCGUCGUGGAUUCCCAGUAUAGACAGUUGUGUUUCUCAAUCGCAAUUACCCCUUUCUCUCCUACCAGGAAGAAUAUACGAGAGACUUGGUGGCAUUAGUUAUGUGAACUUCCUGUUGUGUUAUAUUAGAGUUCUACCAAAAUCUGGAGGUGUACUUCACACAUCAUGCAAGAUUAUGCAUGCUUUUGGGAGGAAGCACUUCUUAGGAAUUGUGAAUUGUUGCUUAACACAUUGUAAACAUUAAUGAGAUUGUAAGUGUGUAAGGUAGUUCAGAAUCCAUAGACAAUUCAUUGGAGACCCCAAUAAGUCGAAGAUCGAAAUGUGCCACGUGACAUAUUUUACAGUUAUAGUUGCGUGGAAGGUACAAGCUGUGUUGUCAAGUCUGCUGUUCUGGAGUUUCAAUCCAUUUGUUGUAUAACAUGAAAAUUGGUUGCUUUGGAGAGAGGAGAGAAACCUUUAGUUGCCAGGCAAUGUUAGACCACAGAAGCUGAAAUUGUCCUUCCCUAUCUCCUCCCAUGAGCUCACAUUAAGAAACACACUAUCAGUUCAGGCCAACUUCAUUCCCAGAAAACUGAAAUAUUUAAGGAUUUUGUUUUUCGUGUUGGUUUGCAUUGAAUUGUAAAAUGAUUGCAUUUAAAGCUUUAUUCUGGGAGUAAAUGGCAGCAAUUUUGAAGCCAGGACUAAGAAUUUCUCUGGCAGACAUGCUGUGAACAGAUUGGGAAACACUUCUUAUCUGUGUUAUUUCUGAAAGAUCUACUCAAAAGAUAGCAGUUGGAAAAAAUGUCCUUUUGUUUAUAAAGGAAAUCAAACAGGAGCUGUUACUGCUGAUCAUAGUUGUAAACAUUUGCUGUUAUUAGUGAACACAGGAACAACACUAAAGGAUAGAGAAAAGAUGUUCUACCCAAUAUCCUAUCUUUUAAGGAAGAUGUAAGAAUUAUAUUAUUACCCUCACCCCUCCAGGUACCUGUGAACAACUGUAAGGAGUUACAAGUGGAUCUAGUGAAACACCAUUGUAUUUCUUGUGUGAAAAUAGUCCAUUUUUAAUCCCAGUUUGGGAAUUAAACACACAGUGAGCUAAAUGCACUGUCCUCCUGUGUUCAGCUGUGUUGAGGAAACACUCUUGACCUUCCCUCCCAUGCCCACCCCCACCACAUCUUUCAUUUUUGUUCUUUCCAAUACCUCACUGUUCUUUUUAUUGUUUUUUUUUUUGCUCUCUAUUUCGUCCUUCUGUGGCACCUUUCUAAGGCACCACUGAUUCCUGUGGUGGUGUUGCAACUUCCUCGCUUCUGAGCCAGAAGUGGGCAUGGAUAACCCACGGCUGGUUUAACUGGCCUCUCUGUGAACAACUGCGCACAGCAGCCUGGCCCCUUGGGUCAGCAGAACGGAGACUUAAGACCGCAGAAUGUGGGCACACACAAAACAAUACAACUGGUAGCAAUGUGUUUACUGAUUAAGGGCCCUUUGUUCAUCUGAGAAAGGUCCAUUUUACAUCUGCCAGAACAAAGAAAUGAGAAUUUCACCUGAUCUGGCGACAUAAAUUAGAUGUUGUUAAUGCAGUAAUAUCAAAGCCCAGUUCAGGUAAUGGUCCCAUUGGCUCAUUUAUUGCCCUUCAUUUUAAGGGCCUUGUGUAUUAGGUUAAUCUAAGGUUUGAGUGUCUCUUGUGGAGACCUGGGUUCAAGUUCCACCUGCACUGGAGAUGUGUCAUAACAGGUAUUUUGAAAAUAUUUUAAUUUGAAGUUUAUAAUGUACAGGAGCACGGAUUUAGUGUUUAAUGACUCUGCAUUGUACUGUUAAGUAGCUGCUGCCCAGGCAUACCUUUUAACAAGGAAUGCAGGAGUUUUUGUGAUCACUUUUCAGGAAAACAAAACUCCAUGUAUCCAGCCAGAAAGCAGGAGAGUCGUGAACACCACAAGUGGCUCAGAGGGUCAACCUGCUGAGUAUUUUCUACGUUCCCUGUUAUUACGUAGCAUGUGCCAGUGUUGGACUGGGGUGGACAAGGUCAGAAGUCACACGACACCAGGUUAUAGUCCAACAAGUUUAUUUGGAAUCACAAGCUUUCGAAGCGCUGCUCCUUCAUUAGGUGAAACCUAACAAAGGAGCUGCACUCCGAAAGCUUGUGAUUUCAAAUAAAUAUGUUCGACUAUAACCUGGUGUCAUGUGACUUCUGACUGUAGCAUAGUUGUUGUAGUAAUAGUUUAAAAACACAAGUUCUCUGCAUUUCUUGUUCUGCAUCAUGAAAGUUGUGCAACUGAACCCAAUCUUUGAGAUUAUAUUAGUCUUUAUUUAUAUUGUCUUUUGUUCUAAUGAUGUCCUGUAGUCUCAAUUGAAAAUACGUCCAGUACUGAAAUUUACACUGGCUGCAAAACUGUUUAUCGUUUGGAGUUCAGAGCGAGUUAAUCAAAAAAAAAGGAUGUCAUUAACCUUUGUUUUCCUCACAGCUGCAGAGUAAAAGCUAAACAGCAUUUGGAGAAUGUUCAAAGUUUGUAAUUGUCACUUUAAUGAAGGAAUCCCAUUGCUGGUCGGAAUUUGAAAGGCGGGGGGUGGGGGAGUGAAAUUUAAUAUUAUUAAGGAAUUGGUGUAAGGGCUGGGGCCAUUUACCUAACCUGCAUGUCCUCUGUAGCAGUCAACACUGCAUUGUUCAUACGACUGCAAAUGUUUACUUGUAACAAAAAUCAAACUGGAUGUAGUUCAUUUUGAGUAUGUCAGGGGUUGAUGUUAGAUUGAGGUAGUAGCUCUGUUCUCACACUGAAAUAAAAUUUAUUUUUGUA